AUGGUCUACUUCCUCACCUGCGCGUGCGUCGCCUUUUACUCUGCGACGCUGCCGCAGCUGCCGGCGCUGCGCGGCGCCUCCUUUGCGGCGCUGCACGGCAAAAUGUCGCCCAAGCCGCGGCGGCGCGCCUUUGACACCUUUGCGCAGCAGCAGCAGGGCGCGGUGCUGCUCUGCACUGACGUCGCGGCUCGAGGGCUCGACUUGCCGGACGUGGACUGGGACCCGAACGCCUAUGUGCAUCGCGUCGGCCGCACCGCCCGGAUGGGCCGCUCGGGCGCGGCGCUGCUGCUGCUGCGGCCCGAGGAGGAGGCGUACGUCCACUUCCUCGCGGUGCGCAAGGCGCCGGUCGAGCCGCGCGAGCCCGAGCCCUCCGCGCCGCCCGUGGCGGAGGCGCUCACGCGGCUGGCCGUGGCGGACCGCGCCGUGAUGGAGCGCGGCGCCGCGGCGUACGUCUCCUUCCUCAAGGCGUACCAGGAGCACGUCUGCCGGUACGUCUUUGUGUUCGACAAGCUCGACCUCGGCGCGCUCGCCUCCGCGAUGGGCUUGCUGCGCCUGCCGCGCGUGCGCGAGCUCGGCAAGAAGCGCAAGCGCGGCAAGGGCUCGUGGGUCGAGUUCACGCCGGCCGCGCAGGUCGAUCUCGAGGCGGACGACUUUGCGCGGGAGGCCCGGCUGAUGAAGCAGCUCCGGCGAGGUAAGAUCACGCAGGCCCAGUUCAACGCCGCGAUGGGGGAAUCGGACGACGGGCCGUGA